AUGUAUAACUUCUCCGAAUCCCUACACUGGGGUAGUUUCCUAACCACUGUUAUCUCUAUCAACAUCUUUUGGUGGAUCUGGGACAUCCCUCUGAUAUGGAAACGAGGGUUCCGUGCUUAUGUCGAUGCGAUUACCUGGGAAUGUGUGCGACUUUACAUGCCUUCUAUCGCAGGAGCUUUUGCGAUAUACCAUACAGCCAAUCGCGCCCGCUGGCCAAAACUCUACUAUUUUGGUGGCCGAGAUGAAUCGCGUUUUGAAGGUAUGACUGACACAGAGGUUAUAAGGAUUGUUAUCACGGAUUCCUUAACCAUCACCGCCACUGUUCUGACGAUCUCCAAAUUUUACAUCGAGCCAUCGGAUUCGAUAUUCAACACAGCUCUGUGGGCGUUCCCGAGCCUCCAAGUUUCUCUGAUCGGUAUCUGGAUUGUCGGUGCCUCAUAUACCAAAACAUGCCCAAUACGAAAUAUCCUUUUAGGCGGAGCGUUGUUUGUCUUCGCGAUCGGCAUAUGCAUCGGAAUUAUUUUGAUGUGUUCAAGUUUGACACAGCUUCAAGCGUGGCUGCCGACAACGAUGUUGUACUUUUUCAUGGCUUCGCCCUUUUGCCUGUACACGCAUGGUGCGUUUGUCACAGUCAUCGUGCUGAUGGCGACAAUGGCUCGGGUUGGAGGUUUGGCUAUUACUGCCCUGCUUCCAAGGCAUGCAAUGCCGUCGACAUCAAUAAAAAAUCCAUUAUUUGGAACUGUAUACCUCGCUGUAGGGCUAGUUGGGGGAAUUUUAGCAAUUUACGGCAGAUUGCGGUCAAGGCAUAUAUGCAUGAUUUUGAAACAGGAUGGAACGAUACCUGACAUGAAUACUUCGAUGUUAAGUAAUGGAGUAGCGUCAUUGGAUGUGCUUCAAACUUGGCUGCGCGGAAAAUGUGGAAGGAAACACGUUUCUGAGAAGGAUGGAAUGGCUGUGCCAAUAAUACAACCGCCGGAACGAGCCUAUUUUUCCGAAUUAAUGGUGGAGGGAGUCUGGGGACAUAUAUCAGCUCGGCGAAUACCGGCGGACGAGAUCCAUGUUAUCAAUGCUCCCAAGUAUUCCGAAUCUAUAGAGUCUGCAUUCUUCAGUGGGAGAGCACGGGCGCGGUCCAUACGGAUAAAACGGAAACCGGUCGGAAGCGGGUCUUUGACAACACUUUCCAACGAAGCGGAGCUCGCUCAGCCCACGAAACAGCAGCUAGCCCAUUCAACACCGCUUCGGGCCUCUAGUUGCCAGCAACCGGGCAAUAAGCGACGAGCACGAUACUUCGAAGCCGAGGCCGGCAAGAUACACAUAGGCACACGAGCGUGGCAGUCCAGCCCCCCGGUCCUGAAGUCGAAACCCCUGCCGAAACCACCCGCUGCCGCUACCGCCGCCGUUACCGCCGCCAGCCCCGUGAUCAGGUUGAAGAACUGGGCAAGGGGUGAGGGUUGA